GGGGGUUACAGCUCCUGCAAUUUAGCAGCGGGCCUGGGGAAGGACAUCGUCAGUUCAAAGAGAUAGAUGUAGCGGCCAAUUAAGCUGGGUGUAAUUAACACAAGAGCAACUGGUAUGGAGAAUCCAGAACUGAUCGUCAAUGAUGGUUGUGGAGCUUCUGUGGAUAUACACUCUCGGGUGAGGAAUUGUGGACAUCUGUGUGACCCUGCUGUACCUGAUCAACUCCGAAGGAAGUUGAAAUUCUUCUUCAUGAAUCCAUGUGAAAAAUUUCAAGCUCGUGGUCGUAAGCCAUGGAAACUGGGAGUGCAGCUCUUAAAAAUAGCGAUGGUUACUCUCCAGUUGGUUCUGUUUGGACUGAGCAAUCAAAUGGUAGUACUCUUCAAGGAGGAGAACACCAUAGCUUUUAAACAUCUCUUUAUUAAAAACUACGCAGAUGCAAAUGAUAAUGACAAUAAUGACAUUGCAAUCUACACACAGAGCGAAGUCUAUGAAUAUCUUUCAUUUAUAUUCAGUCAGUAUGUGCAGCUGCAUAAGAUCUCAGUUGGCAAUCAUGCCUAUGAGAGGAGAGGGACGGAUUUAACGCCACUGACCGUCUGUCAGUAUUUUUAUAAGCGGGGGAGUGUCAGCCCUGGCAAUGAAUCCUUCAACAUUGAUCCAAAGAUUGAGACCGAAUGCUUUGACAUGGAACCAGUACUACCCCUGUCCAGUGGGCACGCAACAGACAAUAAGCUGAACUUGACGUUGCAUUUUCACAGGCUGGUGACGGUUCAGGUUCAGUUCACGCUGAAGGCCAUUAAUCUACAAACAAUUCGUCGCCAUGAGCUGCCAGACUGUUAUGAUUUUUCUGUCACAAUUACCUUUGACAAUAAAGCACACAGUGGAAGAAUUCAAAUUAACUUGGAGAAUGAUGUGUCCAUUCGGGAAUGUAAACGCUGGCAUGUAACUGGGGGCAUACAAAGGAAGACUCACUACAUGAUGGUGUUUGAUGCCUUUAUCGUUGUGAUAUGUUUGAGCUCGUUAAUUCUCUGCACCCGAUCUGUUAUCAAUGGAAUAAAGUUGCAGCAUGAGUUUGUUGACUUCUUCUUGUUCUACUACAAUAAAAAUGUGGCAUGGUCUGAUCGCAUGGAGUUCGUCAAUGGCUGGUACAUCCUGAUCAUCAUCAGUGACUUGCUGACAAUUAUUGGAUCUAUCCUAAAAAUGGAAAUUGAAGCUAAGAGCUUUGCAUCCUAUGACGUUUGCAGCAUCUUAUUGGGAACAGCCACAUUGCUGGUUUGGGUUGGAGUCAUCCGAUAUUUGGGCUUUUUUGAAAAGUAUAACGUUCUUAUUUUAACACUGCGAGCAGCUUUCCCCAACGUUAUUCGGUUUUGUUGCUGUGCCGCUAUGAUUUACCUGGGUUACUGCUUCUGUGGGUGGAUUGUACUUGGACCUUACCAUCAAAAGUUUCGAUCCUUGAAUGUGGUUUCUGAGUGUCUCUUCUCGUUGAUCAAUGGAGAUGACAUGUUUGCGACCUUUGCUGCAAUGGAGGACAAGAGCUAUGUGGUCUGGGUGUUCAGUCGAAUCUAUCUGUCCACCUUCAUUAGCCUCUUUAUCUACAUGGUUCUAAGUCUCUUCAUAGCCCUGAUUACGGACACUUACGAAACUAUCAAGCUUUACCAGCAGGAGGGCUUUCCUCAGACUGACCUGCGUGUCUUUAUAGCGGAGUGUAAGGACCUGCCAGAUUCUGGCAGGUAUAGAGUGGAAGCGGAGACACGCCUCUCUCUUGCUUGCUGUUGUCACAGGUCUGAUGCAGGAACAUAGAUGUGCAAAGGAGACCCUUCAACAUUCCAAGACUGGCCUGAGAACGUGGAGACUGCCAACUGAAUAAAUAAUGAUGCUGGUGAGAAAUGGAGAAACAGUCCUUGCUCAUGUUUGUUUCAAUCGAUUGUGAGCUGACGAACUUAUGGUGUGAGGGCAACUGGUUUGCAACUGGAUAUUCGGCUUUGAAGAAAGAAUGACCUUCUGAACUGCUGCACUUUGACAUCAUGUUUAAUAUGAGGGCUCUGACUGCACGUUACUGGUUUAGCCACACAGGAGUAGUGAUUGUCAUAAUAACCCCCUUCUACUUGUAUUAAUCUGAGAGGCCAGAAUGUCAUUAAGACCUGUCUUUGUUACAGUUCAUCCUAAAAUUAGAGACUUUAUCAUCUGGAGCCUUUUUCUUAAAAAAAAAAGUAUCUUGCUCAGUGUAAUUGUCCUAAAGCUCUGAUGAUGAUAACUGUGUGCAAUCCUUGAUGAGCAUUGCAGUAGGGGAUUCUUGAAGCAUCAUUAGCCAUUGGUUCAGUAGAAAAAAAACCUUCUGGUUCAACAAUUCCACCUAAACUCUACACUCAAUUGGAGCGAAUUAUCCUGUGUUGACAGUGUGAAGAGGAAAGAUCCAGCAAAUAUUAGAAAUAAAAUCAAAGUACCAGAGAACAUGGGAGGUCUUAUAAGUAUGAGUGUGAAGCAGUAUCUGUUUGGAACCAGUUGCAGACCCCUUGUCACCUAUAUUGUCUUUGUCUGUUUUCUGAUGACUGUUUUUCCACUUCCUGUGCAGAAUUCCUGGGGUUUCUAAUGGGAGUCUGCAUUGCUCCCAAUGGAUAGGGGGGGAUGGAGAAGUUUCUGAAAGUGUGAUUGAAUAUUGACUCCAGAUCAUGUUACAAACCAAAAAGCAAUGUCAAUGAUAAAAUGGGCUAAUUUGGAGGCAACAUUCAACAAUUUUAUAUAUGAAUCGUUUGGAUUCUGAGAACUGUAAUAUAUUUGGCAAAUCUUAAUCAGA